AUGACAAACGAGAAUGAAACAAGUAGCCCAACGAUCAUGCAAAGAGUUGAAACAUGGUGCAAGAAGUAUUUACUUGAAGGUCAGCAGCUUGACGAAAAACACGCGGAGAAGAUAGAAAACUUUCCUGAGAAUCCAACGAUCUCCGAUUAUCUUCUCAUAAAAUAUCGAAAAUUCGUCGCCGUUCUCAUCCCAUUCAUUCUCGUGCAAUCGAUUUGGUGGUCACUGGCAAUCCGCUACGAUUUCUUCAAAUGGUUCCCGGAAUAUUGGCACAUGCCUAUCACCAUGAUUUUUGGCGCUCUGGUCGCUGGUAUGACAUCGGAAGGAGCAGGUGCCAUCGCAUUCCCAGUGAUGACAUUGGUUCUUCAUCUUAACCCAUCGAUCGCUAGGGAUUUCGCUUUGAUGACUCAAUCAAUAGGAAUGACAUCAGCACUGGUGUGCGUGAUAUUCAUGAAAAUCAAAUUCGAGCCAAUGGCAGUGCUCUAUGGAAUAAUCGGUGCAUUCCCAGGAUUUAUAUUCGGUGUUCAUUGUAUUGACCCAUUCUUAAGUGGUCCGCAGAAAAAGAUGCUGUUCGUCUCGAUUUGGACAGCCUUCGCGUUCGCACUCGCCAUUCUAAACUCGCAGAAGAAGCGCCCGACAUACGUCAGAAUUCCAGAUUUCAAAGCAUGGAAAGGUCUCGUUCUUCUGUCCACUGGCUUUAUUGGAGGAAUUUUCGAUGCGUUCGCUGGAAGCGGAAUCGACAUCGCCAUGUUUUCCAUCGUCACAUUGUUGUUUCGUGUAAGCGAGAAGACAGCUACACCGACUACUAUGAUAUUAAAAGGAGUCGUCUCGGUAUUCGGUUUUUAUUACCGUGCCGCUAUGAUGGGUGACGUGGAUCUUGUCGCUUGGCGAUAUUUCACCUGCUCGGUACCAGUCGUUGCCACUUUCGCUCCGAUCGGCUCAUUCCUAGGCUCGCACAUUCAUCGACAGGUCAUCGCGAGUCUCAUCUAUUUUCUCGAAAUCGCCUCGCUCAUCGGAUUUUUGCUAACGAAACCCUCGUGGCUGUUGAUUCUUUGCGGUGUUUCGAUUAUUAUCGGCGGUUAUGCGCUAUUCACAAUGCUGACAAAGGCAGGCGCGGUUUUAAUGGCUAGAAUUGAGGCGAAAAGUUCGUCGGAAAAAAUUGAGUUAUAA